UAAACCCUAUACACAAGAAGAAGAAGAAAUGAAAGUGGAAGUUAGUGAAAGUAAAAUCAGAGCUGCAGUCACGCAAAUCUUCGUAUCUAAAGAAGAUCAAGAGGAGAAUUGUUUUUUUUUUCUCAACAACAAACUGGAAUGCAGCUUAAUGAUGGAUCCCUCACUUGCACUGACAUCUCUUUGGGCCUCAUAUUUUAAAGUGAAAAAUGAAAAGCUAUAAAAAAAAUCAACAGUAUGAAGCAACUUCAUUUAUGAUGAAAUCACGAUGGAACCGACCUCAUCUGGCUAUGAAACAGCUUGUUACCUAAUUGUCCCAUUACCUGUGAGCUUCUGCAAAUGAGUGACAAGAGUGCAGACAUGUUUGCUGCCAGUAAUCUGCGACCUGAAGAUCAGUUUUUGUGCUCCAUCUGCCUGGAUGUGUUCACUGAUCCAGUCACCACACCAUGUGGACAUAACUUCUGCAAAAACUGCAUCACCCGGAACUGGGACAUUAAUGUGAGGUGCAAGUGUCCCCUGUGUAACAAACUGUUCAAGAGACGACCUGAACUGGAGAUAAACCAUUUGUUCUCUGAGGUGGUUGCUCAGUUCAGAGAUGAAACUCAACAGAAUGCAAACAGCAACUCAGAGCAACAAGCUGCCAAACCAGGAGAAGUUCCCUGUGACUACUGCACUGGAACCAGACUGAGGGCCCUGAAGUCCUGCCUGGUGUGUCUGACCUCCUACUGUGAGACUCACCUAGAACCUCAUCUGACAAUCAAAGGUCUGAAAAGACAUCAGCUGAUUGAGCCUGUGGAGAACCUGGAAGGCAGGAUGUGUACGAAGCACGAUAAACAUCUGGAGCUGUUCUGUAAGACUGAUCAGACAUGUGUCUGCACGCUCUGCUCUGUUUUAGACCACAAGACUCAUGAGUUUGUUCCUCUGAGAGAAGAAUCUGAAGAAAAAAAGACAGAGCUGAGGAAGAUGGAUGAUGAAAUUCAGGAAAUUAUCAAGAAGAGACGACAGAAGAUUCAGGAGAUCAAUGAGUCAGUGAAGAUGAGUAAAGAUGCUGCAGACAAACAGAAAACAGAAGGUGUUCAGAUCUUCACUGUUCUAAAGGAGUUUAUUGAGAAAGGCCUGAAGAAGGUCAUAAAGGAGAUAGAAGACAAACAGGAAACAACAGAGAAACAGGCUGAAGGUCUCAUCAAAGAGCUGGAAGAGGAAAUCUCAGAGCUGAAGAAGAGGAGCUCUGAGCUGAAGCAGGCCUCACGCUCUGAAGACCACCUCCACUUUAUUCAAAGCUUCUCAUCUCUGAAAGCUGUUCCACCUACCAAGGACUGGACAGAGGUCAUCGUCCUUCCACCAACAUAUGAGGGGACUGUGAUGAGAGCUGUGGCUCAGCUGGAGGAGACACUCAAAAAACACUUUAAGAAGCUGCUUGCUAAGGCUGAGCUGAGGAGGGUCCAGCAGUAUGCUGUGGAUGUGAGUCUUGAUCCUGAUACAGCACAUCCUGAGCUCAUCUUGUCUGAUGAUGGAAAACAAGUGAAUUUUGGCAAUGUGAAUCAGAGUCUUUCAGACAACCCAAAGAGAUUCACAGUUUUUGCAAAUGUUUUAGGAAGGCAGGGUUUCUCUUCAGGUAGAUUUUACUUUGAGGUUCAGGUUAAAGGAAAGACUGAUUGGAUUUUAGGAGUGGCCAGAGAGUCAGUGAACAGGAAGGGAGGAAACUCAGUAAAGCCUCAGGAUGGUUUUUGGGCUCUAUGGCUGAGGAACAACAACGAGUACACAGCAUGUACUGGCCCAGCAGCCGUUCUCUCUCUGGCGUCUGCUCCUGAUAAAGUGGGAGUGUUUGUGGAUUAUGAGGAGCGUCUGGUCUCCUUUUAUGAUGUGUAUGCAGCAGCUUUUAUCUACUCCUUUACUGGCUGCUCCUUCACUGAGAAACUCUACCCAUGCUUCAAUCCCUGCAAUAAUGAUAAUGGUAAAAACUCUGCACCUCUCCUGAUCACUCCUAUCAAUCGCAUUAACUAGACAAGAAAAGUUAUUACAUUUUAUUUGAAAAUGGUCUGUGAAAAGAUUGUAAUGCUGUUUUAUUGUUCUCUUUUACAACAUGUGUCUCAAUGCUAAAUUUUCAUCAUGUCACACUCCCCCACAAUUACAUUUUUCUCCCUUUAAGAGGGAAAACAGGACGUCUAGUAUCAUUUAAACCAAAGGAGCAAAAACAUUUAGGAAAUGUUCUUGAAGAGAAACAAAAAGCAUAUCUUUAAAUGUGUACAUAUACAUAUUUGAUUACAUUCAAUAUAAUCAAAUGUUGGAUUCUAAAAAUUUAAAGCUGUGUUAUUCAUAUUUAUUAAAAAACUUUUUAAUAAACUGGUUAAUGACAGCUUCUGAUAAAUGUGUCAGUUCUUAGUUGCGGAACAGUUUUUAAGUUGUAUGUAUGUUUACUCCACAAUUCAUUUCAGACGUGAGACCAGCCAAUAAGUGCCUUCAUCCAAGAAUCUGGCUUUGACAAUCUGUAAUUAUGUCGUCAACAAUGAUGUGUUUGAAUGCUGUCUCCACCAUAAGACAUGUUUUCUCAAUCAUCAUGUAUAACCUGUCCUUGCAUUAUGUGCCUGUCUGUAUAUAUAUAUAUAUAU